CCUUGUGCUAUUGUCUUGGUGACAAGACGCAAAUACUUAAAUGAUUUCUUCAAAAAACGAUUUGAUUUGAGUGAAGAAUAGUUCAGAAUAAUGUCGAAAGCUGUUAGUGGUAAACGUAAAACUAAAGGAAAGAAAACUAAAGCAAAGGACCCUGUGAAUGAGACAUUAGAAAAAACACAGAAAGACGUGAAAAACUUGCGGGAAGAAGUAAGCAGAAAAAUAUUUAUUGCAGAAAAUCGUCGUUAUCAAGAGUAUACUGAGAAAUUGGAGUCUGUACGAAAUUAUGAUAAAUUGAAAAAAUCAACACAAAACCAUACUGCUUUCCUAAUCACAGAAAAUGAGAUCAAAGUAACCAAUCUUCGAGAUGAAAUAGGAAAAUUAACCACAAAACUAGAUGAGGCCAAUAAAUUAAUUGAAAUGAAAAAUGAUGAACUGAAAAGUUUACGUCAAGAAUACCUAAAUUGUAUGGCGGAAAAAGAUUCGAAAAUCAGUAUAUUAGAACAAAAAUUAAAAGAACAAGCUGCAUUAUUUCGUGACGUUAUGUCAAAAGCAUUCAAUCAACUAACUGAACAACUAAGUAUCGACUAUGAAAAUGUUCAUAAUAGCUACAAAAUAUUCUCACAACCUACAAAUGAUCUAAUAGAAUUGGAGUUUUUAAAUCCACCAUUUUUAGAUGAAGAAUCUGUUGAAUAUAUAUAAACAAUUAGAUGGGAAUUUUCUCAAAAUAUUCACCAGAAUAAUUUCGAACUCGUAUUUGCGAAUAAUUUAUGUGAAAAUAAUUCCUGUAUAAAAAAAGAAGCCACAAUUCUGCUACGACAGUUAUUUCUUCUUUAAUAAGACCUGUAAAAGGGAGGAAAUGCAUGAAACAUAACUGGACUGAUAUUGAACUAUUUUUAAUAGCAAAAUAUCUUUACUAUGGAAAGUUGUGAAGACGAAUUCCUCUUGUACCCACAUAUGUAAGUGAAAAUCUGAGCGUAAGAAACCGUCACAGGACUCAUGGAUGACAAAUUAAUGAAUUCUCGAAAAACAACUAGUCUGUGAAGUUGUUAUUGGAAAAAUGCAACUCAUGAACGAAUUACUGACUUUUUACAGCAAACUAAUA